AUGGGCCACCUGGGCGUGGACGAGCUCGCGGCCGUCGCGUACGCGCAACUGUGCCUGGACCUGUCGACGCUCGUCUUCAUGCAGGGCUUCAACGGCGGCAUGAACUCGCUCUGCUCGCAGGCCUUCGGCGCCAAGAACUACCACUUAGUGGGCGAGUACACGCUGCUCACGUGUCUGCUGGUCACGGUGGUCUGCGCACCGAUGGCGCUGCUCUGGUGGAACCUGGACACUUUGCUGCUGACCGCGGGGGUCGCAGAGCACGUGGCGUCUCUCGCAGGCCAGUACGGGCGGCUGUCGCUGCUGUGGCUGUGGCCUCGCAGCAUGUUCCAGGUGCUCGCGAGUUUCUUCCAGGCGCAGAACAUCGUCCUCCCAACCGCCGUGUUUGAUGUGCUCAUGGUCGCGUUCAACGGAUACUUCGCGGCCGGGCUCACUUACGGUCGGUUCGGACUACCCGAGCUUGGGUUUGCGGGUUGUCCGCUGGGCACAGCGGUGGCGGUGGCUUUGCGACUGGUUAGCUAUGUCGCCUACAUGAACUGGUACCGCAAGUAUCACCGACGAUGCUCCUGGCGCUGGGACAGCAGCUUCCUCGACAAGGAAAUCGUGUGGAACUUGGUGUCCGUGGGGAUGCCACUUGCAGUUAGGGAGCUGUUGGAGAACGCUCAACUGACGGUGCUGACGCUGUUUGCCGCGAAGAUCGGUGAAAUUCAACUCGGAACGCACAACGCCAUGAUGGAGCUGUUCUACUUCGCCACAAGCCCCCUCUACGCUGUCAUCAAUGCCUCGGUCACUCGCAUCGGGAACCACCUUGGGGCUGGUGAGCCUUCGCGGGCGAUUCUUGCCGCCCAAAUAUGUGGUUCUCGCAAACACCUUGGUCGGAUUUUCUCCGACAGUCCUGAGGUUAUCGAUACUUUCAGCCAAGUGUGUGGCCUUGCGGCGUUGGCGUAUUUCAUUCUGUCGUUCUUCUGCUACGCGCUGGCCGUUCUGCAGGCUCAGGCGCGACCGAUGCCGCUGGCAGUUGGCAUGGUUGCUGGUGCCUGGCUGGUUGGGAUCCCCUCGGCCUACUUCUUGGGUGUCCGCACGUCUCACCCCAGUCUCCUGGGGCUUUGGGAGGGCAUGAUAUGCGGAUACACGAAAGAGGCAGAGAAAGCGGUCGAGCGCUCGCAGUUGAAGGAGAAGGAACUCGCCUCUCCUCAAGAAUUGGAUCGCCUGCUAGCAUAG